AGAUCCGGAAAGGAUGCUGUUGGCUGAACUAGUGCGCUACACUCAAUAGUCAAAUUUACACAAAAAUUCAAAGCCGGGCAUUAUUUGCAGCCCCUGAAAGCUUUGAGCUUUUUAUGCCACAAAAAAAAACCCGAUUCCCCAAGUCUUCAGAGAAGAGGGAAAAUCUCACCAAUGUCUGAAUUUCUGAACUGACCCCUUGAUCCCAAUUCGGAAACUGUCGAACUCAAUUUACAGUUUUCGAAUUUUUGGGGGUUGAAGAAGGCUUCUUGGAUAUAUACGUGCGUUUGAAGUUUGAACAGGCACAGUUAAAGCAGCCAAGCUGGUGGUAGUGCUGCUCGCGAGCUCUCGCAGCUUCAGGAAACAACGAUAUGGGUCGUUCUCGUGGAAACUUUCACUCUGAUGAGGACCCCACUCAAAGAUCAAGGAGAAAAAAGAAUGCAUCCAUUGGAGAAAAUUUAGAGUCUUCAGCUGCAGGUCAGGCAACAAGUGAAGGAAAAAGGGAUUACCACUGCAAUUAUUGCAAUAAAGACAUCACAGGGAAGGUCCGAAUCAAGUGUUGUAUGUGCCCUGAUUUUGACCUGUGUAUAGAGUGUUUUUCUGUUGGAGCUGAGGUGACAUCCCACAAAAGCAACCACUCUUACAGGGUUAUGGACAAUUUAUCUUUCCCACUUAUUUGCCCAGACUGGAAUGCAGAUGAUGAAAUACUGCUCCUGGAGGCAACUGAAAUGUAUGGAUUGGGGAACUGGGCUGAAGUUGCUGAGCAUGUUGGGACGAAGAGUAAAGAGCAAUGCAUAGAACACUACACAAAUGUUUAUUUGAACUCACAGUACUUUCCUCUUCCGGACAUGUCACAUGUUGUUGGAAAAAAUAGAAAGGAGCUUCUUGCUAUGGCUAAAGGGCAUGGCGAGGACAAGAAAGGAUUUCCUACACUGGGGGAUCAUAAUUUGAAGGAGGAAUCUCCAUUUUCUCCUUCAAGAACCAAAGUGGAAGAUACGCACAAAGGUGGCCCCUCUGGCCGUUUAAUGUCUAGCAUGAACUCUGAUGUAGAAUCUGGACUUCGCUCUAGUGGUGCAAACGUGGCAGCAGCAGCAGCCGGUAACAAGAAACCAUCCAGCAUGGCCCAGGUUAAAGAUGGUCCUGGUGUCAUUAAACUGGAAGAUCCUCAUGCGGAAAGGAAAGGGAAGAAACCAAGUUCUUUGGGGAGUAAGGGUCCUUCUUUAGUGGAGAGUGGCUAUAAUGCCAAAAGGCAGGAGUUCGAUCCUGAAUACGAUAACGAUUCUGAGCAGCUAUUGGCUGACAUGGAGUUUAAGGAUACUGACACUGAUGAGGAGCGUGAGCUGAAGUUAAAAGUGUUGCGAAUCUAUGCAAAGAGACUUGAUGAGAGGAAGCGUAGAAAGGAUUUCAUACUAGAAAGAAAUUUAUUAUAUCCUAAUCCUUUUGAGGAGGACCUAUCACCUGAAGAAAGGGCUAUAUGUCGACGAUAUGAUGUCUUCAUGUGUUUCCAUUCCAAGGAAGAGCAUGACGAAUUACUUCACACAGUUAUUUCAGAGCAUCGCACUUUGAAAAGAAUUCAAGAACUUAAGGAAGCGAGAACUGCUGGUUGCCGUACAUCGGCAGAGGCAGAUAGAUAUCUUGUACAGAAACGAAGAAGGGAAGCUGAAGAAAGUGCUCGCAGAGCAAAGGAAAGUGGGCAAGUUGGUCCAAGCAGUCAGGGAGGUCCAAAUUUGUUCAUGUCCUCGGAGUCUGUUGGCAUUGGCAAGGACUCAAAUACAAGGCCAGCUGGACAAGCCACUUCAGGCUCUGCCAGCGAAAUGGAUAUAAUGGGAUUUUAUGGAUCAGAUUUACUGUCUGAAGCUGAGAAACGCCUCUGCAGCGAGAUUAGAUUGGCACCACCCGUUUUCCUUAAGAUACAAGAAGUUAUAUCAAUUGAAAUCUUCAGUGGCAGAGUCAGUAAAAGAUCAGAUGUCCAUCACCUAUUCAAGAUUGAACCUAAUAAGAUCGACAGGGUUUAUGACAUGCUCGUGAAAAAGGGUGUCGCUCAGCCUUGAUGGGUGACGCUGUUGCAGGCUUCUUGUUUUUGUUGUAAAUUAUGUUCAUGUGUAUCAGUUUUGUUCGAGAGAAAUAACAAAUUCGCAAAUGCUACUGCUGCUAUAUCAUCCUCUCUCAAUUUCACAAAAA